AGAGAGAGAGAGAGAGAGAGAGAGAGAGAGAGAGAGAGAGAGAGAGAGAGAGAGUGUUAAACGAAAAAGUGUUCGACGAAAAAGAGAGAAAGAGCGCAGUGUUGUGCAAAGAACAGCCAUUUGCGGUGAAUGAUUUCCGUGAGGAGGUAUGGAAGGUCAACAGUUCUGCUUGCGAUGGCACAAUUUUCAAAACACGCUCUUGAGCUCGCUUCCAAAACUGCUCGAUGGUGGUCAUCUAACGGAUGUCACUUUGAGCGCCGGAGGCAGAAACAUUCAAGCACAUAGAAUCAUACUCUCAGCUUGUAGCUAUUAUUUUAAGGAACUAUUCAAGGACUUAGGAUCUUUGCAACAUCCUGUUAUUGUGUUACCAGGCAUGGAAUAUGCAAAUCUGUGCGCUCUAGUCACGUUUAUGUACAAUGGAGAAGUGAAUAUUUAUCAGGAACAAUUACCUGCACUUUUAACUAUGGCCAAUGCAUUACAUAUUCGUGGAUUGGCUGAUAUAGCUGGGAAAAAUCCAAGACACGAUAACGGGCUGUACGUGCAACCGCCAAUAACGCAAUCCCCGGAGAAGUCGCCGAGCAGAGAAGAGAGAGCAACGACGGAGUUGAAGGACGAUCCAGCGACCGUUGAAUUGUCGGAGCCAGCGUCCGCACCGUUGACCGAGAUAACGGACAAUCCGGAUGAUGAGGAUUCCGGUAACGAUCCGGAGAGCAUACCGUAUUGCGUGAAGACGAAACCGUACUACUCCAUCAACGCGAAACUGAACCAGAGGGAGAGAUUGCCCGUGCCCGCUGGCACGACUGUCAAAUACGUCGAUAAGGGAUACUCGGAGGGCGCGAGGGAUGAGGCCGCAUCGAUCGUCAUGGAGGAUCAGGUCGCAUCCGCUGUCGCGGAGGACGUGAAGCCACCGGCUACCGUUAUGUGGGACGCGAACUUCAAGUUCCUCGGUGCGCCCGGCCGGACCUCUCAGACGUACAACAAGUCCGGCGUUACUUGUCUAAUCUGUGGCAAGCAACUGAGUAAUCAGUACAACUUACGGGUGCACAUGGAGACACACAGCAACAGUUCGUACAGCUGCGCGGCGUGCUCGCACGUGUCACGGUCGCGGGACGCACUUAGGAAACACGUUUCGUACCGGCAUCCGGUGACCGCGCCGCAGAAGCGUCCGCGGUACGGUGCGUCGAAACCAUAGAAGUUACUAUGCCGCGCUGCCGCGUAGACGCUCCCUCGUUCUAGGAUCUUUAAUGUUUUUACCAAAAAAUGUAGACCUUCGUGCGAUUACGCGAAGGCAACUUUUACCCCGGCAGCUCGAGGUAGAAGUAACAUAUUUUACUAAACGUAUUUGAGGAUAAGCGCGCGUACGAUUAAUCUCUUGCGUUGGAAUCGCGUCUCUCCACUCUAUCAUGCUUCUCGCAGGUCAAAGAUGUCAAGCGUGUCUCACGUGCGAGAUUAGUUGAUCGUGAUCAGAUGACUCGGUUAGCGCUCAGCUGAGUAUAAAUAAAUCUUAUCAUUUUGUAAUAAAUUUAUACAAAAAUAUCAGCUGUAAAAAACUUUAGUUUUGAAAAGUUCUAAUAGAUAAUACUUUGAGCAGCGUUAGUUGUUCAGUAAAUGACGGUAUAUUUCCAUCGUGUCGGAAAUGCGCGAUUAAAGUGCAUAAUUAUUAAAGAUUCUGCUAGUCGAAUAAUAAUAAUAAUAAUAAUACCUUAGACGCUUAGACCAUGGUUGUGUUCUGAUAUUACUGCCAGUACUGAAAAUCUAUAGUAUACGUGACAUAAACUAUAGCUUUUCAGUACUGGCAGUCAAUAUCGGAACGCAGCCCAUAUAAGUAUGGACCAACAGUGGCUAUGUUCAGGUUGGUUGUCAAAAAGAGCGACAUCACUAACCAAGAACUAACAAAAUUUGCUAUAGUUUAUACACCAUAUAUAUAUAUUUUUUAAAAUUCACAAUAUCUUCCUAAAUUAAUAUAAAAAAAUUAUAAAAUGUAUUUUUAAUUAAUUAAUUAUAAAUAUAAAUUAAGAAUAAAAGAUAACAAGAUAUAAAAUAACACGAUAGAAUUUCAUAAAGAUAGCAAAUUUGAUUUUCACGCGGAUUUUAAGUGACCAAAAACCGUUUUGGCAAUACUUUUCGCCUCAUUUUGCUAUAGGAUAUACAGCCUACUGGCGGUUCAUAAAUAAUACGUUUUUAUUAUCAGAGCAAUAAAUAGAGUAAAGCAGAGAAGUAGAAAGCAAAAGAUAAUGCAGAAAUAUAGAAACAUACAAACGCCUUGAGUAAAUUAAUCUUACGUAAAGUAGACGAUAAUAUUUUGGAUACGUUUCGCGAAAUUUUAGAUGAAUGAAUUUUCGACAAAAAUAAAAUUACAAUGUUAGCCGUAAAUUAUAAUGUUACAGUGUUACCUUGAACACGUGCGUCUCGCAUGAUUAUCAGUUAAAUGCCAACGCAAGUGGUUAAACCAGAGAAUGAAUCGGCGCGAACGCUCGUGGUAUCUAGUUAUUGUCUGCGUAAGAACUGACUGAUAGUAAGAUGAACCAAAAGGACGUAUUAUUUACUUCCUUAAGUGUACAAAUGGUGAAGUGACGCGUGAUCAUGUUCCUGAGGACCCUUAGUGUUCGAAUUGUUAUCGUUUUCUCUUGUUAUUGUUACACCAUUUUAAUAAAGACGAAUUAGAGGCAA